AUGUCAUCAACUGUUCGUAAAGAAUUUUCUAAGCAUGAUUUUCAGAAAUUGAUUUUAUCGAAUGACUCGUCCAUUUCACUUAGCAAACCAGCUAAUGCACGAUCUAAUUUAUGGUCCAAUUUUUCUCAAUUGUACUAUUCAGGUGUUGCACAAAACUACAUUGUGUGCAAUGAUUGUCGUAAUGUAUUAAAAUGGACAAGUAAAACAGGCACAAAAGUGAUGAAGAAUCAUAGCUGCACAAAGAAACUGAUACCAAAACCAUCAACAACACCUUCACGUCAACGUACAAUAUCCUCUUAUAUGCCUCCGGCACAAGAAAAUUAUUCAACAAUUAAAGAUCAUAUUGUUGAGUCAUGCGUAGAGUUUUGUGCUCGUGAUAACAAACCAUUUGAAACAAUAGCUAGUGAAGGUUUGAUGAAUUUAGCAAAGCAACUUAUGAAUGCAGGUGCUCUUAUCGAUACAGGAUUUUCUCUCAAUGAUUUAUUACCACACCCGACCACUAUUUCAUGUAAUGUACAACGUAUUUAUAAUAAGUUAAAGGAUCAACUGGUUACUCUAUGUGAAAAGGUCGACAAUUUUGCAAUUACUUGUGAUUUUUGGACAGAAGGUUUUACUGGUUUACAUUAUGGUGGUGUUAGUCUUCAUUUCGUAGAUGUUAAUUAUAAAUUACGAAUGUUUAUAUUGGCUUGCAAACUUUAUGAUCUUCCAAAUCAAAAAGCAUUUAACAUUCGUGAAUUUGUUAAUAAAAUAGUCGAAGACUUUGGUCUUAUAAUAAAUGAAGAUAUAUUCAUUGUGUCAGAUAACGAGCCGAAGAUGCUUUCUGCAUUCAAGGAAGGCGUUAUGAGAGUCGGUUGCAGCACUUAUUACAUCAACAAGGUUAUUCAACAUGCAUUUGAAUUAGAAGAAUCUCUUUGUAUAGAUGUUCAAUUACUAUUUUCAAUUGUUCGAGAUAUAAUCUCUCAUAUUCGUCAAAGUCACAAACAAUAA